AAUAGAUGGUAAAAUCUAAUCCGGUAGGAGCGAACAAUGCUGAUGGUCACGGCGUCACAGCGCCCACGGGCGUGACGACUGAUUCUGUGGUUUCCAUCAACGGUCUACCGCAGCGCUCUCGCUACAGUCUCGCCACCGCGCUGCUGCCUGCAGCCUGCCCGGCCGCUCUGCCCUUCACUUUCUCGCACUACGCCGCCAACUUGCACAGUUGUUACCCAACACACCGCGCAACCACCGCCACGCUGACACUCGUUCACGCCCUCACGCUCCCUUCCAACGGCUGGUCCACCCAACUACACCCACAGUAGUUUGAGUCUCGUUCUCCCGCCUAUUCGAUCCGCCUUUUACCUCCCCGCAACACAACUCCACCAUGUCUAUGUGCUGCUCUGGCCCGAAAUGGAAGCGAGAACAGGUCCCCGACCACAAGUUCGACUUCGUCGACACCCGGGAGUUCACCGAUAAUGGGUUCAUCAUGCGAAUGAAAUAUCUCUGGCUCUAUAUCAUCUGUCUCAAGGACUUCCUUGUCUACGUCUCCGAUAUCUUCUCCGCGAUUACUAUGCUCACGACCUCGUCCUGGUCGAAUGAGAUCUUUAACACUUGCGACCACUUGAAGGGCUGCGUCAACAUCCCCUUCAAGGUCGGCAAGUGGGUAUUCGUUGGGUGUAUCAUCUUCUCGUUCCUGCUGCUCGGAUACGAGGGCCGGAAGGCAAAGAAGAUUGUUGCCAGCAGAGAUAUUUCUUACGCAUUCACCAAUAUCAUGGCGAAUCACUACUACUCCCUCCGCUCAUAUGAUUGUUUCUGCUUCUUCGAUCAUAUCAGCAAUUCCACUAAGACGAGCGAUGACUUCGCAUUCUUCGUCUUCUUCACCUUCAAGAGUUGGAAGCGGUUGCUUUUGGCUGAUGGUCCGCGUCAGACGAUCAACGCGCUCACGUUGUACGCUGUGUGGCUCGUGAAACACAAGAACCCGGGAGACUGGUACGACAUCUCGAAGUAUUUCGAUGACAACAGUCCGUCCACCUCCGCCCUCAUGGUGACGACAUUCUUCACCGUGAUGGUCUUCGCGGGUUCGUUACUUCUCCUUAUCGGUGCUGCUAUUUGCUACGUCCCGCUGCUAUGUCAUAUCCGUGGUAACCUCAAGGAAUACUGUUGCCACAAAGUUGACAAGCGUAUCGCCCUCGUCAUCAAGAGGCGCAACAAGCAGCGCAUCGCGGAGAACGCGAAGCAGGCCCGCAAGGAAGCCAUGGGCGACUUCUCGCACGUCAAGGAUGGCGGCAAGGCCCUCCCGCAACCCACUCUCCCCCAGUUGUCCGUCGACGACGACGAUGACGCCGUGUCCACCAUCCGCGGCGCCCCCUCCACCUACAAGACCUACAACGCCCCCUCCACAUAUACCGCACAAACCGGGGACUACUACUACUCCGACAAAUCCGAGUUCCCUCCGCCGAUGCCACCGUACAACCCGUAUGCAACCGCGCAAGCGCCGAGCGUGUACGGAUACAACGCGAGCCAGGCAACGCUAGCGGACGACCCGCACGCAUACGCGUACGACGAGGACAACGAGAGCAACGCGCACCUAGUGAGCGCCGCGGCACCUGUCGCAGUGAGCACGCCGACUGCCGCAUCGUACGGCUACGCGAUCGACCGCCCAGGGACCGCGGCGUCGUACGGCCGUGCGCUGGACCGCCCGGGGACGGCUGCGCCGAACCCGUACCAGCAGCAGCCGCACUAUGGAUAUGGUGCGGACGCGUAUGGCGGUUAUGGCGCACAGUCGGAUGCGUACAGCGUCAACGGACAGACGCACGACGCAUACGGCGCGCACGCUCAGCACGACCCGUAUGGUGUGCACGCGCAGCACGACGCGUACUCGCAACAUGACGCGUACGGCGGGUACUCGUCGCAGCAGCAGCCGUACUCGCACCAGCACGGCGGCUCGCACGGACAAGCAAUGUAGUAUUACCUGGACAGUGUUUUCUGUUAUAUUCCAUUUCGGUAUCGUACAUUCGCGAUCGCUGGUAUCGUACAUUUCUCGCGGCGGCUGGUGCUCCAUGCACCGGCCGUUCGCGUUAGACCUGUAAUUUGGGAUUUGGGGGCCAAUGGUUCGCAAGUUCUGAUAGGCCCUGGUGGCCGGACGCGCUGGACGCGGGAUGCAAGACGCUGGCCGUUUUGUGUGUGUUGACCGCCGCAAGAUGUGGAGUUGUAUAGCGAGGGUCCACACAACUCGGAUCUACACAGCUGCGGUGGC